UGACGUGACGACCAUCCCCACUACCCCAAAACAUCAUUUCAAUGGGCCACCAUUGGAUCUUCCAAACUCGUCGGAGUUUAUAUUUACUUGAUUUUUAAUUAACCCUUUGCCUUUCGCUUUCUGUUUUGUGCUCCUCAGUGCUUCUCAAAAGCCUUAAAAAAAUAUUAUUGACAUUAUGAUUGUUAUUGCAGUUUUGUUUUGGGGACAAAAUUCUCCAAAAUGGGGCAUCCGGAAAGGCUUUUCUUUGAUGGGUUGCUCUUGAUUUUCCUUAAUUUAUAGUGGGUGUAAGUAUAAUUGUGUUAUUGUGGGGGACUCUUAUUUGAGAUUCUGCAAGUGGGUUUUUUUCCUUUUUGGGGUUUUUUUUUUUUUGUUUUUUUGUCGGUCAUAAUAAAAAUGGGUAAUGUGAAUGGAAGAGAAGAUGGGAGUGGUAGCCCAUCUGGGGGUGAGGAAGGUGGUGUAGAAGGUGGUGGUGGUGGUGGUGGUUUGGAAGAAGGCAUGGCUGCACCGGGUGGAGCCCAUGGUGUGUCUCCUCCUGACUUGAUGGGCCAGUCCCCUCCGCAUAGCCCAAGGGCCACCCAGUCACCUCUGAUGUUCACUCCUCAAGUCCCCGUGGUUCCAUUACAAAGGCCUGAUGACAUGUACAGUUCAAGCCAUUCAUGGAUGCAAACUGCUUCAGCUUAUGAAGACAUGUGCAGUGAGCAAGGAAUUCCAACAAUGAUUACAUGGAGCUAUGAUGGCAAGGAAGUAGCUGUGGAGGGAUCGUGGGAUAAUUGGAGGACAAGAAUGCCCCUGCAGAAAUCAGGAAAAGACUUCACUAUAAUGAAAGUUCUGCCAUCUGGUGUUUACCAGUAUAGGUUUAUUGUUGAUGGACAGUGGAGGUAUGCCCCUGACUUUCCUUGGGCCCAAGAUGAGGCAGGCAAUGCUUUCAAUGUCUUGGACUUGCAGGAUUAUGUUCCAGAAGACAUCGAAAGCAUUUCUAGUUUUGAACCUCCUCAGUCCCCAGAAUCAAGUUAUACCAAUUUGCAACUUGGCUCUGAAGAUUUUGCAAAGGAGCCACCUUUGGUGCCUCCACACUUACAGAUGACUUUGCUCAACGUUCCUGCAUCAAACAUGGAGAUUCCGCCUCCUUUGUCAAGACCUCAGCAUGUUGUGCUGAAUCAUCUUUACAUGCAAAAAGGGAAGAGUGGCCCAUCUGUGGUAGCACUUGGUACAACUCAUAGGUUUCUGGCCAAGUAUGUGACAGUGGUGCUCUACAAGUCCUUGCAGAGAUAAACAUACACAACAUCUAUGCCAACUUUUGUAAUCUUAAGCGCGUUUAUGUAGUUAAAAUAUUCUAAGAGGCAAUGUUAUUCCAAUAGCUUACUCAGGCAGGUGCAUCAGAUCAAAUUCAACUGUUGUAUUUCACAUAAUGCAAUUUCUUGAUGACCUUCGACCCCACAAA